AUGGCGGCGCCGGGCACGGCGGCUUGGACGUGGCUGCUGCGGCCGCCCACCGCCACCGAGCUGCUGCUGGCGGCCCUGUGCUGGCUCGGCUGCUACUGGCUGCUGCGGCGGCGGCCCCGGGCGCUGUCGGGGCUGCCGCCGGGCCCCGCGCCCUGGCCGCUCGUGGGCAACUUCGCCUUCGCCCUCCUGCCGCCGCCGCUGCUGCGCCGGUGGGCGGUGGAGGUGCGGGACGGCGGCCGCGUCUCCCCCGCCUUCUCUCCGCAUGUCUUCCUCACCAGCCUCACGAAGAUGUACGGCAGCGUCUUCCGCCUCUUCGUGGGCAGCCGCCCCUUCAUCGUGCUCAACACCUUCGAGGCGGUGCGGGAGGCGCUGGUGCAGAAGGCGGAGGUGUUCAGCGACCGGCCCUCCGUGCCCAUCGUCCUCAUGAUCACCCACAACAAGGGUGUUAUUUUUGCACCAUACGGUCCUGUCUGGAAGCAACAGAGGAAAUUCUCUCUCUCAACAUUGCGUCAUUUUGGAGUAGGGAGACUUAGCUUAGAGCCUAAAAUCAUUGAGGAGCUGAACUUCAUAAAGGAAGAAAUGCUGAAGCAUGGGAAGGAUUCAUUUAAUCCCUUUCCAAUCAUUCGCAACGCAGUGUCCAAUGUUAUCUGUUCCAUGGCCUUUGGCAAGCGUUUUAACUACGAAGAUGUUGAGUUCAAGACGAUGCUGAAGAACAUGGCCCGUGCACUGGAGCUGAGCGUGAACAGCUACAUGAUCCUGGUCAACAUCUGCCCUUGGCUCUACUACCUUCCCUUUGGGCCUUUCCGGGAGCUUCGGCAAACAGAACUAGAUAUUACUGCUUUUCUGAAGAAAAUAAUUGCACAGCACAGGGACACACUGGAUGCAGCAAAUCCCAGGGACUUCAUUGAUAUGUACUUCAUCCAUGCGGAAGAGGAGAAGAACAACAAGGAGAGCAGCUUUAAUGAUGACUACCUAUUUUUUAUCAUUGGUGACCUCUUCAUUGCAGGCACAGAUACUACUUCCAACACAAUACUGUGGUGCCUGCUCUACAUGUCCCUUUACCCAGAAGUACAAGAGAAGGUUCAUGCAGAAGUUGAAGCAGUUCUAGGACGUGACAAAGUUCCCUCGCUUGCUCACAAGGCUCAAAUGCCCUUCACAGAGGCAACCAUUAUGGAAGUGCAGAGGAUGACUGCAGUUGUUCCCCUCUCUAUUCCUCGAAUGGCCUCAGAAACUGCUCUGCUGCAGGGAUAUACCAUUCCUAAGGGCAGUGUGAUUGUGCCCAACCUGUGGUCAGUACACAGAGAUCCUAACAUUUGGGAGAAACCAGAUGAAUUUCAACCAUCAAGAUUUCUGGAUGAAAAUGGACAGCUAAUUAAGAAAGAAUCAUUCAUUCCUUUUGGAAUGGGUAAACGUGUGUGCAUGGGAGAGCAGUUGGCAAAAAUGGAGCUGUUCUUGAUUUUCACAAGUUUAAUGCAAAGUUUUACCUUUUUGUACCCUGAAAAUGCUGCAAAACCAUCCAUGGAGGGAAGGUUUGGUCUAACUUUGGCUCCAUGUCCAUUCAACAUAAUAGCUUUGAAGAGAUGAUAUAAAAUCAAAAAAGAUUUAGCAAAGAAAUACUGCACUUUUAAAAUCCAGCUUUUUUUUGUUUCCAUCUCUUGUUUCUUUUUUCUCAGGAACACACCAACUGCAUAUGCUUUCAUAGUCAGUGGUCACUCCAUUUAGACUUCUGGAAAGUAAAGAUUUUCUUUGUCAGCUGUUGCAUUCCACAAACAAUCUGACAGCAUAGUUUUCAAUUUGAUAUUAAAACUUGCUGGGCUUAAACCCUCUCUAUAAGCUAUUGCUGUCAGUUUGUCAAAUGUUAAUUAUGGGAGAAUGGUCCAAAACAUCUGUUAAUGCUUUAGCAGAUAGUAAUUGUAAAAAAUUGUAAAAGCUGCACAUAAACAAUUAAUUUACCAAAGGAGUGAAGGACAUCGUGUAAUAUCAAAAGGAUUAACAAAUGACAGGGUGCUAGCAUUUUCUGUGUAAAGAAACAUUGUAAUUGAGCUUAACUAAUGACAUACACUUUUUGGAAACUACUGAAUGACACUUCUAUUAACCUUGGAGGAUUCUUUCUUGCAAGUAACUCAUAGGUGUAGAUAGGGUUGAAUCAGUCUGGAUUCCUGGAUUCAAACAUAAUUGACUAUCAGGGCUCACUAAAAACAUGUAGGUGCCAACUCUGAAAACCCCAGGUUUGAGGCCACAUGGAUGCUUGAGUAUGCCAUAUUCGCAACAUGAAACAAGUGUGCAGCAUAUGGAUGCAGAUGUUUUAUUUUGGCAUAUAAAUGAGAGCAGAAUCCUCUAACAAGAAACAGCAGAAGUCUGUUCUUUCUGGUGCCAAGCAGAUAUUCAAGAUGACAUCUGUGCUGCCUCUUGGCAUUCACUGUUUUCCCCACAGCAGCAGUGGCUGCAGUCUGGAUGAGACCAACACCCA